AUGCUCUCAUCAACCAUUACUCCAGUAUUACUCGGACUUCUGCCGUUCGCUUGUGCGGCUCCAAUUAAGACAACUGGCAGCACAGAUCCAACACAAGUCAUCUCAGUCGAUUUUGCAGAUCCUGAUCUCCUGCAAGAUGGUACCCAAUGGUGGGCUUUCGCGAGUAACAACCACAAGACCAUUGCUGCCGUGGGCGGCAAUCUUAUCAACGUACAGAUUGCUCGUUCACCAGACUUCACCACUUGGACCGUGACUGGAGGAGAUGCUUUGCCGACAGUCGGUGCUUGGGUAGACCCUAAGGCUGGAAACCAAGGCGCGGCUGUCUGGGCACCGAGUGUCAGCAAAAACAAGCAAGGCCAGUAUGUUAUGACCUACUCAGCUGCUGUGAAGGGCAAGCCAGGCAAGCAUUGCUUGGGUGCUGCUGUGGCGUCUCAGCCUCAAGGCCCGUACACUCCGCAAGCGACACCUCUUGCUUGUCCGCUUUCUGAAGGCGGUGCGAUUGAUUCUGACAACUUCAUGGACAUCGACGGGACACAGUACGUCCUGUAUAAGAUUGACGGCAAUUCCGUGGGACACGGUGGUGUUUGCAAUAACGGAAAUGCUCCCAUCGUUGACACACCCAUCAUGCUCCAGAAGGUAGCAGACGACGGGUUCACCCCGGUUGGCACCCCUGUCAAGCUACUGGACCGCAGCGAACUUGAUGGGCCCCUGGUCGAGGCACCUUCACUUAUGCGCACUGCGAAUGGCAAAUACGUCUUGUUUUUCAGCAGCAACUGCUUUGCAACGUCCAAUUACGACGUCACCUACGCUUUCGCUGACAGCAUCAACGGACCUUAUGUCAAGAGGGGCCCUAUGAUGGUCACUGGCACUGAUGGCCUCUUCGCUCCUGGUGGCCAAGCUAUCGCUGCCGAUGGCAAGCAUAUGAUGUUCCACGCCGGUAAUGUCGGUCCCGCAAACAUGGGGUGGAGAGGUGCAUACACGCAGAUCAUCAACGUCGAUACCACUCGCCAGGUCGUAUGGGCCUGA